UGUCCACGCUAACCCACAAAUCUGACUUUUUGUAGACUUGACAUUUUGCCUGCCCAUACUGCCCCUAUAGCCCUCUCUUUGGCUCCAUAUGAGCCUUGAAACCCAAUACACACACAAAAGGACAUUGGGAGAGAGUGAUUUGAAAAACCCUUUUUCUUUUUUUUUGUUCUGUUUGGUUUGAUAAGUAAGCAUCAGUUUGGCUUAUAAAGCAAAAGAAGAGAAAGCAAAAGUUGAAAUUCACAGAUUCCAGAGCCUCUCUCUCUCUCCCCUCGCUAUUCUCUCUCUUUCUUGCAGACUGCUGCAGUUUGAUGGCAUAUACCCACAGUCCCAACAAGAAGACAAAGCAGUGCCCACCUAACAAACUCACAAAAAGGAACCCCCACAAUAAAUAAUUAAAGAAAAAAAAUUCAAUUUUUAACAGAAAAUUAAUGGGAAAAUAGAAAAUCAAAAUCUAUUCUUUAGUUUCUUAGCUAAGCUUUGGUCUUAAAUCCACUGCCUCUUUCCCCCUCUCUUCUCUCUCUCUCUCUCUCUCUCUCUCUCUCAAAACUUAAUUACUCUUUACAUUCCAAUUCCAUUAUACUCUCCAUCUCCAAAAGCCAACCUUGGUUUCACAGAAUUAAAGUACCUCUCUCUCUUCCUUCCUCUUCCUCUUCUUCUUCUCUCUCUCUCUCUCUCUAUCUCUGUAAAUCAUGCCAGAGGCUUCAACAGUGGCAGAGCAUAUCAAAUUUAGAAGACCCAGAACCCAAUUCAUCCAACCCAUUUCAGAAACAGAUCCAAACCCACAACAAAUUCCGUCUAUAAUCCAAUCCACCCGCUGCAAAUCCACCAUUUCCUCUCUUCUUCUCUCAACUUUUUCCACUACCAACACCAACACCAACAACGCCAAUGAAAGCUUACCCACAACCAUUCACAGCCAUCACAACCACAACCACAACAGCAACAAGAAGAAGAACAACUUCACCUCGGCAACUUUCAGAGGAUUGGGAUGCACCGCCGGUGCCUCGCAGCAGGUUUCGGUUCCGGCCGUGAUUCGGACCUCGGCAGAUUGGCAGGGAAAGAAGGUGAGGAAGAAAAAGCAGAAGAAAAAUGUUUCAAAGAACAACAACAACAACAACAAUCAUAACAAUAGCAGCAACAAGGACAACAACAAAACCCAUCAUCAAGGAAUGGUUGAUGGGUCUAAUUCUGGAUUCAAUUCGGCAAGUUGUGUGGAUUUUCAAGAUGUUUGGUGUGGUCCUGGAAUUGGGUUCUCUGCUGAUGCUGCUGCAUCCGUUGAUUGCGUUGUGGCGAGGAGGAAUGUCUCAGGGAGAGGAAAGAUUGAUGGGGACAAGAUGAGCGGCCAUAGAGAGGUAUGGGUUUUGUUCUUUUUGGCCAAAGAGCGUUCUUGUGUAACAAGGAGAACUGUGACCCCGGACACUGCUUUUUUUCUUGAUUCAGACCCUGAUUUUGUAACAGAACGCCCUGACGUCUUGGGGACUAGGUAUUAUCGCCAUGUUCGACAUCCUUCCCCUGAAGGCCUUGCUGAGAUUAUGAUGCUUCAGAGUAGUCUGCUAAUGGGUGGAAGACAAGACUUACACGAUCGUUUUAGGGACUGGAGGCUUGAUGUUGAUAAUAUGUCAUACGAGGAACUUCUUGAGCUGGGUGAGAGAAUUGGUUAUGUGAAUACCGGACUAAAAGAAGAUGAAAUGGGGGGCUGCCUGAGGAAAAUUAAGCUCUCGAUUUUGAAUGAUUUGUCAUCGCAUUUGUCCACACAAAUCGAUAGAAAGUGCACCAUUUGUCAGGAGGAAUAUGAAGCAGAUGAUGAAAUGGGCAAGCUGGAGUGUGGACAUAGUUUUCACAUGCAAUGCAUAAAACACUGGCUUGCGCAUAAAAAUACUUGCCCCGUCUGUAAGGCAGAAGCUGUGACUCGGUGACUACUUUUGAUAUCUGCGGCAUAGCUGCUUUUGGACACUGCUUUUUACUGCUCAACAAUGGUGUAUAGAUUUCAUUUCCUCCAAUACAUGAGCAAGCAUUCAUUCUUUUGGUUUGAAGCUUCAUCCCUUAUUUGCUUUAUUUUGAAAUGUUGGUUCUCAUUUAGAAUUUGGGCAAUUCUAUAUUUACACUCUACAAAUUUACGAAGCCAUACUACCUUUGUGCC